UCGAGGAAGCAAAACGGUUUAUUUGUUCUAAAUUGCAAAGUUUCAGCGAGUUUUUGGGCGGUGACCAUGGAGACCAUCAACCAGGUGACAGAGAGGCAUUUGUUUCUGAUCGAUGAGGGGAUUGGUGAUGUGAACCUCCCGCAAGACGACUACUUCUCGCCGACGGAUUUCCGACUGGCGAAGACCACCAAAUCCGAUAUCAGCUACAGGGUGUUCACGAGCGAGUACACUUCGUCGGCGUGCGAUCAUUCCGUCCUACCGAAGUUCGAAGCGGACGUUCCGGUGAAGUUUCUCAUUCACGGUUGGACGACGAACGAGACUUCGCCUUGGUACGAUCUGCUGAAGAGUGCGUACUUCAAGAAGGGUGCGCAUCGGGUGGUUUUCGUCGAUUGGUCGGUGGCAGGUACGAAGAAGUACUCGGUGAGUGCUGCCAACAGCAAACCGAUUGGAGAAUAUCUGGGGGAUUUCAUUGUGGACAGUGGAGUAAGUUUGGGGUUGGUGCACCUGGUGGGGCACAGUUUGGGUUCGCACGUUGCGUCCUUCGCCGGGAAGAUGGUGCUGAAGAGGACUGGAAAGAAGGUGGGAAGGAUAACCGCUUUGGAUCCGGCUCUGCCGAAGUUCGAAGGAGCUCCAGCGGAAUGCGGUCUGCACGUGGAGGAUGCAGAGUUCGUGGACGUCGUGCACACGGACGUCGGGCAUUACGGAUACACGAGACCUGCGGGUCACGUGGAUUUCUACCCCAAUGGGGGCAAGGAUCAGCCGGGAU